AUAUCCCUGAGGAGCCUCAAACACACCAGACCUUCACUGGCAGCCUGAGAAUCCUAUAAGCCCUUUGGCCUCCAGGAUGUGGAAAGACAACAGUACUGAUGCAUCUGUUAAAAUAUCUGGAAGCGGUACUGCAGGAAGAAGUGCAAGUCGCAGAAAGAGGACAAGUUUCUCAAAGGAACAUGUUGAGCUUCUUCGAGCCACGUUUGAGACAGACCCUUACCCAGGAAUCAGCCUCAGAGAGAGUCUCUCCCAAACUACUGGCCUCCCAGAGUCUCGCAUACAGGUAUGGUUCCAGAACAGGAGAGCUCGUACGUUGAAAUGCAAGGGAGGAAAGAAGCCGCUGUGGCAGUCCCAAUCACCGUUUAGUGCAAUGCAGAGUUCACCAGUUCAGCUACACUCUUCUAACAGCAACAACAGUGAGUCUGGUGCAGGUUCUGGGCCUUUAUGCACUCCACCACCAGCGUACCCCAGUCAUAUUAAGCAAGAAAUGGAAAGGGAUGGAGUUUUUGGAUGUGACACUCAAUCUUCCAUGUCGUUUGGUGAUGAUUCCGGCUACUGCACCCCUUCAUACAGACACCAUCAUCAGGCCAGAGCCAUGAACACCCACUGCACUAGCAGUCCUCUGCUAAGCCCAGAGCAUCAGAUGCCUCCAAACUGGGCUGCGAGGUAUGACAGGAGGUCACCCGUGAGCUCCAUGUGGAGUUCAUAUCAUCUUGAUGCCUAUGGCUGCAAUCCCAGCCCCGUCCAAGGCUUUUUUUAUUCUCCAUCUGAAAAACACAACAGUCUUCAGCCGCUGACCCCUGUUACCCCAGACUCGGGCUGCUGGGAGGGUGGUGUGGAGGACACUCCUCCAGCUUCCAGCUCUUUCUAUGUAGACAACCCAGAGGUUCAGAUGAUGGAGAGUCAACAGGAAAGCAGGAUUCACCACGGGCCUCUGCCUGAGCUGCCGGCCUUGUCCCUGCACGAGAUCCUGGGAGAGCUGCAAGGAGACUGGUGGCAGGGUGAAGGACUAAACAGCCACUCGUCUGAGGACAACCAUGUGUACGGCUGAAUUUUGCUGUGUACAAUCUAUUUAUGACUAUUUAUUCAAUGUAUUUAUUGACUAAGGACAUGGAUGAACAAUUAUGUCUUAUUUAUCUGAUCUGAAAGUAAAAACAUGAGAGAUUUCAGAUGUUUUCAGACUAAAUUGAUCUUGCUAUUUAUUUAAUAAUCAUUGUAAAAGUAUGAUUAUGCAGCUACAUGUAUAUAUUGUUUACAGACAUCUUUGCUGACUUCAUUUAAUCGCUGCACUUGCAUUUAAAUAAAGAUGUUUUUCCUUUCA